AUGGGCGUGGAGCACCUGGCUGACCUGCGCUACCCGGACGGGGAUCCGCCAUGCCACUUCUGCUGCCAGCAGACGUCCACGUCCAUUCACGACGAAAACCGCCUCAAAAUCGUCAGCGGAGGUCUUGUGCGCAGCCGUGAUGGAAGCCGAGAUGACACUGGAACACACUACAUGAACUUACCAUCUCCCAAUGUUCAGAAUGAGGACUCUGUGUUCCACCGUCGACCGAACGACGACACGGACGAGGACCUGCCGCCGCGGCGCGUCCGCGACGGCGGGGGAGGAGGCGGCGGGUUGACGGACCCGGAGAACGACGACAACGCCGAGGAGCAAGCGCCGCCCGCCUCUGCGCUCACCCGCCGCCGCGCGCUCGUCCCGCCCAAACUGCUCGCCGAGGGCGGCGAGGAACGCAAGCUCUCCGCAACAUCAGAUGGAAGCUCAGCUCGUGCAAGGCGAAGUUCAAUUGUUGUCAUCCCUCCAAUGCAGAUAUGCCCAGGAGACUUGUUGGUGUACAGCAAAGUGCUUACUCACCGUAACAACUUGUUGGACGUAGAUGGCUCAACGACCAGCCUAGCAGUUUCCGACACAGAUGGAGUGAACUCAAGAAAAGGAAAGAACACCUGGUCUCUUUUAAGACUAUUUGAACGCUCAAGCCGUGGGAAAUCUGGCAGCCUGUGUGGGUUAGAAGAAGUGUUGAGCUGUAUGCCUCGUGUUGACUUUGAUGAUGAGCAAUUAUCCCGCUUCCGGGGCAUGUGCUGGACUGAAUUUGUUGCCCAUGUGGAGCAACACGGCCAAGGAGGAUCUCAGCGUGAUGGAGGAGGUAGUGGAAGUAGCAGCAGUGGGAGUAGUUCCCCUUCCAGUCCUGAACCAACUCCAGCACCUCCUCCUCGUGAACCUUCACCACCUCCACCACCACCGCCACCACCCAAAGAGCCAUCUCCACCUCCUCCUCGCAGGCGGUUACGCGGCAAUUUGGUUCGUGCACAGAGCGAACGAUGCUUUGAGCGCCGUUUGGCUGGUGCACGGAAUGUAUGGCGUGGAUUGGACAGGACAUUACCUUUGCGGCCUAGUCCACUGGUAUCAACACUCAGUGAAAAAGAUCUUUUGGUUUCUCCUGUGUCCACAACCAGUCGCAUUGAAUCAAAACGUAGGGAAGCUGUAUGGGAUUUAUUUCAAAGUGAAUGUGCAUUCCUCUAUGACCAUCUUAUGGUUCUCAAAAAUGUGUUUAUGGAGCCGCUAAAGAAAAUUCAAGUGGAAGGUUUUGCAAUGUUUGCUGAGCCAGAAUUACUGUUUGGAAAUUUGGAUGAACUAUGUUGUGUUACGUAUGCGUUUUGUAAGGAGUUUAUCACACUUCUUCUUUCAAAUGUUGGCCCAGGAGGUGAAUUUUCUACGAUUGAUGUACUGGUGAAGCUGUUUCAAAAGAGUACUGAAGCCGAUUCUGUCUCUCAAGCUUAUCACAGUUAUGCACUGAAUUACAUAAAUGCUUUGAAUUACCUAGAAACAUUAAGACGUCACAUAGAAUUCUGUGAAUUUGAAAAGUGGUGCAGUAGGGAUCCUCGAUGCAAGAAAUUACAACUAACUGAUCUACUAGUUGCUCCUGUGCAACAUAUAAUGAAAGUACCACUUAUACUGAAGGAAGUGGAAUCACGAACAGAAGAACCAGCUGAACGCGAACUGAUACAACAAAUCCUGGAAACAGAAGAAAAUUCAAUUCGUGAGCUCGAUGACAAAAUGAAAUGGUUGAAAAAUUUUGAACGUCUACUGGAAAUACAAAGAAAUAUAGUUUGGCCAUCAGUAUUCGAAUUAGAUCCAAAAAUUUAUGUGCCUGAGUUCCUUAAACCUGCUUUGACUAGGCAACCAUGUGAUCGAAUUAUUGUUAGCCCAAGACGUCAAAUAAUUAUAGAAGGCUCUCUUCAGUUGUGGGACUCAGGAAAACCCCAAGAAAUGUUUGUAGUUCUAUUUGAUGAUAUGCUUCUCAUUACACGAAGAAAGAAAGGAUUAUCGAAGAAGAAGUCAUCGCUUUCAGAAAAUUGGGCAAGUUCCUGUAGCAGAGGAUCAUCAUCAAAUGAAUCAUCAAUGCGAUACAUUGUCUAUAAACAACCUUUAUCAUUAGAUAGGUUCUUUAUACAUGAUAUCACUGUUCCAGAAAGUGCUAGCUGUCGUUUGGAAGCUGCAUUUGUUCUGGUCAGUUUGAAUCGCUUUCAGCAAGUUGUAACUAUUCAUACAUUCCAGGCUCCAUCUGAUCAAGUGAAGCAAACAUGGCUGUUAAAAUUACGAGACACCCAGGACAAGUGGAAGAGAACUCUACAGAACACUGUUUUCCGAUCUCCACGUCUCUCAACCUGCAGUGCUAAAUCAUCGACUUGACCACAGAAGGCUGACAUGAGCUACAUAAUGAGGAUCACAAUUGCAGUUGAGCUAUCUUCAGUUAUAUUUUUUGUAACUGAAGUCUAAGGUGUACAGGUACAGUUCUUCCAUUAAAACGUCCUUAGACAGGCAAUCAUAGAGAAAUCAUGCUGGUGGUAUUUGACAUUAAGUAUAAAGUGACUUGUUGUAAUGUAUAUUGAUAGUAGUUGAAAUAUAAACAUUUUUAUCAUGUCUAUAUUUUAAUCUUUGUAAUACUGAACUGCAUUGCACGAUUCAGUAAAAUGUUGCAACCUAGCUAAGAAAGGAAAUUUUAUGACUGUUUUAAUUACAGUUGUAUUAUAUUUAGAAAAAUAUUUUCAUAGAAAUACAAUAUGGUAGAUGAUAAAAGUAAUCAAAGAAUUAAUGACAGUACUUGUGGUAUUGUGGUACUUCACAUAAAAUUGGGAAUAUUAGCCUUCAGUUACCAAAAACAAUUCAGAUUGUACUGUCCUUAGACUGAAGACAAAAUGUCUAUAAUAACAUGUAAGGGUGAAUAGGAUUUGAUUGUGUAUAUAUGACAAUAGUCAAAUGCCUGGUUAUAAAGACGUUGUUUGAUUGUACAUUAGGUCUUGAGUUGCUAGCACAAUUGUUGCAAUUACAUACACAGUUUCUUCUGAAAUUGGAAAGUUUGACAGUUUC